CGAGAAAUCCUCGUGAAUUUUCAGCAGUAUCGUCGCGACUAUCCGCAACCAAAGUUCAUGAUUUGAUUGGUGUCUCAUAUUGAUCAUCUUAUUCAAUUAUAAUAUAACUUAUUGCCCUAACAAAACUAUAUUACAAAUCUUACGAAAUUAUACAUUUAAAAGAAACGUUUGUCGCAAUAUUAUAUUAUACUAUACUAUACUGUGUUAUCAUCUUUAGCUCAUCUAAAGAAUGAUCUAUUAUAAAUUACUUAUCAGUGUAAUCGUUAAAUAAUUAUUUAGAAAAAAAAGAAAAUAUAAAAAGAAAAAAAAAAGACGUCGCGUUGAUCGGUCGAUGAUUAACGGUGGAUAUUUAAUUUUUUUUUAUCUAUAAUAUUAUACUUCAAUUAAAUCGUGUGUUCUUCGUUUCCAAGGGAAUAACUUCGUCUCUUACCUAUGAUGCAUUUAGAAAAUUCAAAAGCAACAUUUUUUUCCUUUGAAGACGAAGAAUUAACUUUACAAUUCUAUAAUAUCAAACUUAUAUAAUGGUGAUAGUGAUGGAUAGUGAUAUGGUGAUGGUGGAGUGUAAAAUGAAGAUAAAAAUUUCACAAUGCGAAAAUUAAGAAUUAUUGAAUGAUGUAGCGAACACAUUGGUCAUACAGAAAUUUUGUUCCGAAGAAAUCCUGUAUGUGAACAGAACGCAUAGAAAUAUACGAUGUAUUAUUGCGAAGAAAGUUGAGAGAAAAGAAGAAUAGAAUAAAACAUCGAAGAAUCAUUGAACGUGAUCUUUUGAGAAAGAUCAGACGUUACAUUCAAUCUCGUACCAUCUUGUGAAAAAAGAAAUAAAUUCGUAUUUCAGACGAUUAAAUCGAUCCUUUUGCCAAACAAGAAGUCCUUUGCUAAACACUCAUCGCUUAUCCUUCGAUUAGGAAGGUACAACUGGGUCAACAACUGUUCUGGACGCUCGUAUAUUUGUCUUCAAGUUUUCGCGGUUAAAACAUUAUUAACUAGAACGAGAUUCGUUUGGAAUAAGAUGAAGUUAAGAUCAUGCUGAUGAGAAUACUGAAAUUGACAAUCAACGAAUAAACGAUUAUCCUUCUCGAAGCAGAAGCAAAAUUAAGUAAUCUCUUUUAUUCGCAUUCUGUAUCACAAGGUACAUCUGAAAUCUCUUGUCAAGCACUUUAAGUUGCUUCUUCGAAAUAUAUCGAGCAUGUAUCGCUUUGAAAAUUACAUUGACAUUUUCCGUCAACUAAAUAUUACAACAGAAGACCUCAAGUUCAUGGAAAACUAUACUUCCUUGUUGGAACUAUUCAACACGGAUUGUUAUUGUAACGGUUCCGUAAGAGAUUGGGCUCUGACGUAUAAAAUAUAUCACGGUUACAUCGCAAUUAUGGUCUGCAUUUUUGGUACCUUUGCCAAUAUGCUCAACAUCGUCGUAUUAACCCAUAAAGAAAUGAUGAUAACGCCUAUAAACAAAAUUUUAACGGGAUUAGCACUAGCUGAUAUGUUAGUUAUGCUGGAGUAUAUACCGUUUGCUAUUUACAUUUAUUUAAUCUUACCGAAAUAUCGGAUCUUCCCUUACGGAUGGGCUGUCUUCGUUUUAUUUCACAUGCACUUCACUCAGAUAUUUCAUACCAUCAGCAUCGCACUCACCCUUACCCUAGCUGUUUGGAGAUACAUCGCUUUAAGGUUUCUGCAAUACAAUCAUGCAUGGUGCACACCUACCCGUUGCAAAGUAGCUCUAUGGUGUUGCGUUUUGGCGCCAUUGAUCGCCUGUGCACCGAGUUAUUUCGUCUUUGGCAUAAAGGAUAAACGUUUCGUCGAAAAUGGAACUUUAGAGAUUUUGUACUAUGUCGAUACCGAUUAUUCAAGAGACAAAGGAUUUAUUUAUCAACUUAACUUUUGGAUACUUGGAGUUGUGGUCAAACUUAUGCCCUGCUUUAUAUUAACCAUAAUUAGUUGUUGGUUAAUCAAAACACUUUGCAGAACGAAAAAUCGGAAACAAGCUUUAAAGAAUUACAAUCAACCUUUAGUGAAGAAUCUACCGAUAAAUAAUGGUUCGGUUAUACCACGAAGGCCAAGCAAGAAUGAAAAACAUGCUGAUAGGACAACCAGAAUGCUCGUUGCUGUUUUACUCCUUUUUUUAAUUACAGAAAUACCACAGGGUGUUUUAGGCCUUCUUUCUGGAAUUCUUGGCGAUUGCUUCUUUCGUAAUUGUUAUCAUAAUUUUGGCGAGGUAAUGGAUAUAUUAGCUUUAUUAAACGGCGCUAUUAAUUUUAUCCUUUAUUGUUUAAUGUCACGACAAUUUCGAACAUCUUUCGAACAACUUUUUAAACCCAAAAUUAUGAAGAAAUGCCAACCGACCACUCAACAAACCGAUGUACAAAGUACUUACGUAUGAUGUAGACUACCUACUUUGAAAGAUACUUAUUUCUAAAAUAAUUUUAAAUCAUUUCAAAUCGACGAUGUGAAAUCAACAAUGACUCGAUAAAAUCUCAAUGAUCGAGUAGAUAUAAUUAACAAAAAAAAGAAAAAAAAGACACUUUACAUUAUUCAAUAAUACCGAAUAAAAUAAUUAAACGAUAAAUUUAAAUGUGACAAUUAUUUUUUCUAAAUAAUUAUUUUUUAAUAAUAAAGUAAUCAUGUAUAUUUAUCUAUAUAUAUAAAGUCAUAUUUCAGCUAUAAAUAUCUUUCCGAUACGAAGAUCAUCAAAUCGUAACGUUAGAAGUUCCUUUUUUUUUUUUUUUAUGUACAUUCACUUAAUGAGAAUCACGCUCAGUUAAUUUCUAUACGUAUAUUGGACUUCGGCUCCGGUCCAAACAAAUUCCAUGAAAUCUAAUACAAUAAUUUAUAUGUUUAAUUAGAAGAGUGAAAAAACCCUACAAAACUGGCAUACAUUACACGCAAAAUUGUAAAGUGAGAUGUAAAGUCAAUUAAAUAUCUAUCAAGCUAUCCUGGAUCAUCAUUUACUUUGUAAUUAGAUAAGUAGAGAGGAAAAAAUAUUUCUUCGUUAAUAAGACCAUGUAAUUGCUUAUUGAUAGUAAUUCAUAUUAUAUAAUUAAUAAAAAUUUAUCGUAUCAAAAAAAAUGAAUCGCGAUAUUCGCGAUAUACUUACAAGCAAUAAUCAUCUAUUUCCUCUUUUUUGAUUUUGAUUUAAAAAAAACAAAAAGGAAAAACACAGAUUAAGAUCUAAUAAAUUUAUUUGUUAGUUUAUGACGAACGUAAACCUUAUGUGAUAUAAUAAAAUGUUAGUGAAUUUGGUUUAUUUUGAAAAAGUAGACAAUACUAUUUAUUCGCUAAUUGUUAGGAUUUCUAAAGAAAUACAAAUAUUUCGAUGGUAUAUAUACUUAUAUAUAAAACAAAAAACAAUUGCGCGUAUAUGAAGCGCACGCUAUAAAUUAAAUAUAAAUUCAAAUACUUUUUCCGUUUUAUUGUAAACAUUUCUUAAAAAAAAAAGAAGAAGAGAAAAAAAAAGCACAAUUGUAAGUAAAAAUUUUAACAUCUUAUAAUACAUAUGUAUGUAUGUAUGAAUGUAUGUAUGUAUAUAUAUAUAUGCUCUUCUAAAUCUAUGUGAUACAAUAUGUAAUCGAAAAAUCGUUCGAUAAUAUUCUAAAUGUUAUAUAUACACAUAUAUACAUAUAUAUAUAUGUGUAUAUUUUUAUGUAUACAUAUAUGCAUAUAUAUAUAUAAAUUCAUUCACUUUACUUUAUAAAAUAAAAAAUAAAUAAAAAAUAAAAUAAAUACUUCGACCAUCGGAAUGGAAUCGAAACGAAUUCCCAUGAAACCUAUGAAAUUCCAAGAUACAGUUUUUUAUUAACAAUAUUUGUCAUUCUAUUCUCAUGAGAAUUUUUUCCAUAGGGACAGUUCAAUUUUAAAGAUUCUGCUCGAAUAUUCUUCUUUAUCUUAUCAAUGUCAUCAUUUAUUAUGAGAUAGCAUAUGAGAAAGUUUUUAAAAACAAAAAUAAAAAAAUAAGAAAGAAUUUUUUAUGGUUAAAAUGAUUUAUUUAUAUUAUAAAUUUCUUAUUAUAAUAUUUAUAUUAAUAGAAAUACAUAUAUAUAUUUGUUUUUUAUAUAUUGUAGAAUUACAUAUACCUAUAGCGAUUUAUAUACAUAUAACAUAUAGAUGUAUGUAUAGUAUUUUAAUUAUAAUUCUUCCAAUGUAUACUCCUUGCUAUAUGAAUGAAAUUAAUAUUGCAUAAAUAAUACGUAUAAAUUAUAUAUAUUAUUUAUAAAAUAUAUCAUUUGAUAAAAUAUGUAUUUCGUGUAUACAUGA